UUGCGCUUUGGAAGUCGUCCACGAGCCGAGUCUUCGACAGGUUUUGUUUGCCUCCUGGUCACUCGGACAGGGUAGAAGCUAUGAAAGUGUCCUGAAAAGCUUUGAGAUGAGUCUCUCGUCUUUCAAACCUUGGACAUACGUUAGUUUCUGGAAAAGGAUUUCUUAAUACCCAGGAUCUAGUUUUUGACAAGAUGACGUUCGACGUGAUACGAUUUAUGAAUAUAUUAUUCUUCUUUCUUUGGAACGCCGGUGUGAUAAAAUGUUACAAUGUUCCUUGCACAUUUAAUACUAUGUGCAUGUGCUGGGUUCAGGACGAUGAUGAUGAUUUCACGAAGAUGGACAUUAGUUGUAUGGGAGUUCCAUUUGCGCGAUUUCCCGAUGUAUCGGUGAGUUAUGUGGCACAAUUAGACAUCGCUGGUUCCGGGAUACAAAUGUUGGACAAUGACGCACUUGCAAGUUCCGCAGGUGUCGAGGCUCUUGGACUAAUGAGCAAUCGAUUAUCCAGCAUAGGUGAUAAAUCUCUAUUAGGUGUUACGGACAGUCUACGUUCCUUGGACCUAAGCUACAACUCUCUCGAGGAUGUGCCUUUCAAGGUUUUUCGUGAUUUAAGGAAAUUAAACUGGCUUAAUAUGCAUAGUAAUCAUCUAACGUCGUUGGAUGGUGACUGGGGUCGCACUAAGGAAACUUUGACAAACGCAUUUUUCGGCGAUAAUUCGAUCACUGAAGUGCCCAAGAUUUUCUCAAACUUCGCUUCCCUGGUAUGGUUGAAUCUGGACAGUAAUAACAUUGAGGAACUUUCCAAAGAUUGUUUGCCACCGAACAUGCACACUUUGAGCAUUAAUAAUAAUCUCUUGAAAGAAUUUCCACAGUCCUUGGGAGAUCUGAAAGAAUUAACCUGGCUCUAUAUGAGAGGAAAUGACCUUAAAUAUCUAGAACUACCAGAUUUUCGUAGUUCCAAUUUAGAACUGAUUGACAUCAGCGAAAAUUCCAUCGAAUGGAUGAAGACACCCAUCUUGAGCAAUCAUACUAUGAAGGUCAGAGAUUUUAAUCUAGCUGGGAACAAACUGAUCUCGUUGCCAAGCAGAAUGUUCGAUCGUCUUGAGGCUAGAAGAAUCCACUUGUCGUCGAAUAGUAUUAGAAACGUUGACAAAGAAGCAUUUCGUGGUUUGGAAGAUAUUCUCGAAUAUUUGAAUUUGGAAAAUAAUGAUCUGCCGGCGGUACCGAGCGCUGUCAGCCAAUUGAGAACAUUGUCGUAUCUCUAUUUGGCUAACAAUGAGAUUAGAAAUAUUUCUGGCGAAGCUUUUCAAGAAUUUGCGGAACAUCUAAAAGCUCUUUCUCUUGCAACCAACAGUCUGGAUGCAGUACCUGUGGCUGCUUUAUCCAGAUGCCAGAGGCUACUGCACCUGAAUCUCGGUUACAACAAGAUCUCUCACGUCGAGUCGGGUGAUUUCGAGUGGGCCGAGGACCUUGAGAUCCUAUUGCUCAGGAACAAUAUCCUGACGAAACUGAAAGCCGAGACCUUCAAGGGAGCCGGCAAAUUAAAGGAGCUCAGCCUGUCCUUCAAUCACUUGACGGAACUCGACGACGACUGCUUUGUUGGUCUCGAAGAGAGUCUGGAUAUUCUCGAAUUGAGUUUUGCCUUCGCUACAGACGUCUUUCCUCAGCGUGCACUCAGACCACUCUCGAACCUUCGAUGGCUGGUCUUAGAUAAUAACAACUUCCAGACAAUCGAGGCGACAGCUUUUUAUUCCUUCCAACAGCUGCGUUAUAUCAACAUGGAAUCAAAUAGGCUGCACUACUUGCCUGAAAGAAUAUUUCUCUCAAGCGUGCAUCCGGAGUUAAGGGACGUCAAGUUGGGAUACAAUUUUCUGGAGGCAAUUCCAGAAUCAAGUUUCCAUAAUCUAACAGAGUUGUUGUCUCUCGACUUGACCGGCAAUCGCAUAAGAGUCUUGACAUCCGACUCCAUCGUGGAUUGUCCAAAGCUCGUGACCAUAUCUUUGGCUUAUAAUCGGAUACAAAAGAUGGAGAGAACCGCGUUGUACGGUUUGUCCAGCUUGCGUUUCCUCCAUUUAGAGUUUAAUAAAUUGACCGUACUGGAUUUGGGUGCUAUCGCGGAGAUCGGCGGUCCCGAUUUUGCUUUAAAUGUUUCCUACAAUGCGAUCGCCUUCGUCGACUCGGGAUCUAUGAUGAAUAAUCUUACCAGAUUGGACCUUGGAUUUAACAAUAUUAGCCAUUUAUCGGCAGAUACAUUUUAUGGAACACCCGAUUUAAAGAACUUGCAUUUGCAAAACAAUUUUCUCUCAACGCUUGAUUCUGGAACAUUUGCGUUUCCUCAUUUGGAAACACUAGAUCUAAGCAAUAACAGGAUAGACACAUUGCGCAAGCAAUCCUUUCACGGUUUAGAAUCCCUUCAGUGGUUAAAUCUCGGUGGAAACGAAAUAACGCAAUUGUCGACGGAGCAGUUUAGAAAUUUAAAAAAUCUCAGGAUCCUAAUUCUCUCAAACAACAAGAUUCGUUCGUUACCGAAAGACGUUUUUGAGGGCACCAGAUUAGAAAUCCUCGAUCUCAGCCACAAUAAAUUUACCGUCGUGCCCUCGUCGUCAUUCUUGGAAGUCGGCUAUACUCUAAGGGACCUCAACAUGGCGGAAAAUUUCCUGGAUCACCUUGACUCGACUGCUUUCCCGACUUCUCAGCUGGUAUCCCUGAAUCUGGCGCAAAAUCGUCUGACUAUUCUGCCAGAUAAUUCAUUCGUUUCCCUGGGGAAAUUACUGAGCCUGAAUGUAUCUCAAAACACUCUCCAGGCAAACUUUAAAGAGUUAUUUCAUUACUUGCCUGAUCUUAGACAACUCUACUUAGCUAACUGCGGCCUUAGGAGCAUACCGUUACUGCCAUUGACGAAUCUAAAUAUCUUGGAUUUGUCCUUCAACAAUGUCGACGAGACUACUGAAAAGCAGUUUCAAUAUUUAGAAGGCUUGAAGAUUCUUUUACUGGUGAAUAAUUCGUUGACAUCGAUGCCUGGUGUUAGAUUGAGUCUUUUGAGAGAACUCGAUGUUUCUGGCAAUCCAAUCGAGGAACUGACGAAAGAGAGCUUCCUGGGCUACCCAAGAUUAGAAAAAUUAAACUUACGAAAUCUAAAUCGCACCAGAUCAGUAGACAAGGAUUGUCUGCAACCCUUAAAAUAUUUAAAACAUCUGCGAAUUCAAACGUGGCCGCAGGCCGACGGGUUUCAUCUGCGUCAAUUACUGUCUGGGUUACCGCUUCGAAUGGUCGAGAUUCAGGUGACAGAGCACCUGUUGAAAAACCAGAUACAAAACGUCUUCACAAAGCAAUUGAGAGAAUUGACGAUCACCGGAAAUAAUCUUGAACUGAUCUCUUCCGAAGCAUUCUCCACUAUCGAAGGCGGAGAAUUAGUAUUGAGAAUCAAAGACACUCACGUUCAACGAUUACAAUCAGAUAUUUUUCUAUCGUUAACGAAGAGAUUGUCGCAGCUUACUUUGGACCUAAGAAACAAUUAUAUCAACGAAUUGAGUCCGUCGAUAAUUUACGGGAAUCUUUCCUGGGAGACUGUAGGGACCAACAUGGUGGCCGGUGGAUUACAAGUGUCUGGCAAUCCGCUCGAAUGCGAUUGCGAGAUUGCGUGGCUGAGUCUGUGGCUGCGUAGGUGGCUCAGAGAAUCCCGACAGAUCCACACGGCAUCGCAAUCCGAUGCUAGACAACUCAGAACUAUAGCUGGCCGUGCUGUGUGCACGGAAACAACUCCAUCAUACUCCUCCGACAAAGUCCUGCUAACUCUGGGCACACCGCACACCGCUUGCCAAGCGUCCGCUCUUAGCUCGGGAAAUUAUGAGCGGCUGGCGACAGCUUGGUUAGCCAUUGUCAAAUUCUUCAUCCUCAUUUUCAUCGCCAAUUAACUGAGAAUUUAUAUCACAAAUUUUCUUGGGCCUAGUCUUCAAAGUUCACAAUGUGAUCUUUUCUAUAAUGUAAGAUUUAUCAAUAAAAGUAGUUAAAUAAAUAAAUGCAUUUUUUGUUA